CAAUUUUUGGCCCGUCGCGACGGUAUACCAACUUAAUUAAUGUACACUCUUUGUUAUUAAUCAGUCGAGAGUCUUUUCUGAAUGGACUCGACUAUACGUAACGAGUCUAAUCCUGUAAGAUGAUGACCCGAGAGCAUCAUCGCCGGCGGAGCCCCGAAUCCUCUCGCCGCCGGCGCAAAGAGCGGCGCGAUUCUAGAGAGCAACUUCGGAAUCAGCAAAUAGCACUACCUGCACCGCCUCCGGAAGAACGAAACGAACUCAUACACCUUCGAUCGCGUGCACCUUCGCCCCUUUCAUCGUCAUCCUCCACUUCUUCCUCCUUAUUAAAUAUCUCCCGUCCUUCUAGGAGAUUCGGGCUUGGCGCGUUCUUCGGUGGCGGUGGCGGUGGGCGGAAGCAACAUCGUGUAAAAAAGAAGCGUAGCCGUUUUCUUCGGUUCGGGAAUUCUUCCUCGUCAUCUGUAGGCUCGGAUCUUGCCUAUGGAAAAGGGUACGUCGAGCGGCAGAGGAGUCGCGAAAUCAGCCCCCCUAGUAGUAGUGCUGGUAAGCCGCGUCCGCGACGUGAUCAGACGGACGAAGAAAUACUUGAAUUAGGAAGACAGUUUGCCGAGAUUGCUAGACAACAAAAUGCCGAGGACCUUAAAGCAGCUGGGAGGAGCCGGCCGUCGACAUUGGUUGGUGCUGCGGCGGCCCUGAGUCAGUUUCGUCGAACAAAUAGCGGGAACUCUAACAGGGGGGUUGGAAGCUCUAAACCCCGCCUUGAUGAUUCUUCAGAUGACUCGGACUGGGAGUCCGCUUCUGAAGACGAGUCGUCGUCUAGCGAGUUUGACUCCGGCCUUGCCUAUGGCUCCUCGGGACUUAGCCUACCUAAUACUAUUAACCAGCCUAUUCCCCGUCAGAGUACCCCUAGCUCUUCCCGUUCCCCCCGUCCCUCUCAAGUUUCAGUUUAUGGCCCCCCUCUCCGCCGGAAAUCUUCGGUGGUCGAUCCGAACCUCUUCGGACCCGUAAAUUCGCUACGAGGUUAUGUUGAGGCUCCUUGUGGGUUUGAAACGGUUGACCGAUCUACGGUUGUUGGAUCUCCGCAACCGUACGGACCGUCAAUAACUCCUAGUGAAGCCGCACCUAAUAAUCGUCCGUUACAACUGGUAUAUCCAGCUCCAACAUCUGAUCCAAAACGCUUCGAUGUUUAUAAUGGUCCCGUCGUGUCUAGCCAACAGGACUUGUCUGCCCCGCUUCGGCCUGCACCAGUACCUCUACAACAUCCAAGGCCGAUGGUGCAGGUGCCCAGGAGGGUUCUCGACUCAGUGGAAACGGGCUCUGGAUUCUCAGAGCAUGCGUCAUCUAAAAAGGUGCCCGUGGAGACUGUCGUUGCUGGUUUGGCCGGGGCUGCAUCAGGGGGUGCGGCACUAAGCUCUGAUCGUAAAGAUGACCACAUCAAGUUCGAAGAGAAGCGUGACCGUGAUAAUGAGCGCCGACCAAAGCGUUCGGACGCUGGCGUUCAGGCUCGGAAAGGUGAAGAGCGUAAGAGCCAUGAUAAUCUCCCUGCGGCUCGUAAUGAUCUCACUGAGAUACCUCGAGAAACGCGAUUUGGAAAUGGCCUAGAGCUUAAAAGAGACUGGCAUUACCGGGAAAUGAUAGUGCCCGAAUUAAAACGAAAGUCUGAGGAGGAGGGGCGCCGUCGUGACGAAUACAACGACGAUAACUCUGAUCACGACCUAACGCGUAACAAGCGCAAAACCGAUCUAGAAGAUGAACGGAAGAUUGUCCAUGAAGAGGCUUACAAAAAGGAACGCCGCGACGGAGACGGUGCUAAUCGCUCUAGUGUGGCAAGCUACGAACCUGUGAAUGGCCCCGAGUAUCCUACGCGAGACGGUCUAAUUGAUCCGUUUCAAUUUCAAGUAGCUGAUGAUGCUUUUCAGACUCCUCCUUACACGACACCGCAACGACCCCUGACGCCGAAUGUGAUAACUGUAGAUCGCGAACCUAAUUUCUCCCCGGAACGACUUAGUCGGAGAGAUUCUUAUGAGCGGGAACUUCGUGAUGCACAUGAAAUAUACCAAACUGCCGAGCACGCGACAGCUCCUAUAAGCGGGGUUGCAUUUGCUGCCGCCGCUGCAGCGGUGAUAGCUGAAGAUCGCCGUGGACGUAGUCAUAGCCGAGGUGGCGAUGCUAGCUCUAGGAAUAGAUCGCGACGGGAUGAAUCCCCAAAACGUGAAAAAGAUGCUGUCCAAGAAGAUGCUGACCGUUAUUACCGGGAAGCAGAACUUGCGCGCAAGAUCAAGGACAUAGAAAUACAGGAUGCUGAGUCUUCGGUUGUGGGCAAAUGGAAGCAGGAUCAGCAACCGGUGAUUGUGGAUGUUGUGCCACCCCCAGAAAUGGAUCACGGGAAGAAGAAGAGCGCCUACGAUGCACCCGAUGCUGAUGUCCGCAUUGAUAAUGUUCUAGAGCAUCCCAAUGAGCUUUCUCGUUUUCGAACGCCAGAUAUCAAAGGUCUCACUAAGAUCCCCGUAUUCACAGCAAGAGACCCUUCCGCUGAGCGAGAGCGGCCAAUGCUUAAUGUCGUGCGGCCUACGCCUGUUCCCACACCGAUUCCAGAAGGACAGCGACGCGCGGAAGAGCCUCUUCCUAGGCUUGUCAAGAAGAUUGAUAUUCCUCCCCCCAAGGUCAUACCUGACGUAGUUAUUGAAUCUCGAAGCGAAGAAGCCCCGGCGCCAUUGAUAGCAAAAUCUGUUAGUUGGGGAGAGAAUCAAACAAAACGCUACGUUGUGGAGAGCCCGGAGAGAGAGGAUGACCCGUAUUCGGGGACUAAGAUUGUGACGCCUGCUAAGCCUCCAAGAAGUCGGGCCGGGAAAAAGAGUUCUUGGGGAUUAGGAUUCAUUGCAGCAACUCUCGGUGGUGGUAGCAAUAGAAAUGCGUCUUCGAGUACAUCGGGGCAGACUGCUGUCGUUGAAGCGACCGAACCUAAAAAAGCUUCAAGGAACGGAGACGAACCCGCAAAUCGUAGAGCUUCGGUCCCAUUCAAGAGCACAUAUGAUAGCCCACCUAUCCCUGGCCCCAAACCCCCCAGCCUAAAGGGUGCCCAGAUGCCGGGUUCCUUUGAGGAAGACCCGGGUUUUACAGCAAAUAUAGCUGCCGCCCUUGAAGGUAGCGGGUUUGACCCUAAUAUCGUUAUCGACGAUGCGAGCUUUCAUAAGCGUGAUUCACCACCUGGGUCGAAUGACUUCAGCGUAUACCAAGCACCGUUCGUGGAGUCAGUGGCCGACUUGAGAACAGUUGACGGUCCAAGGAUUACCACUUCUCAGGGUGGCCGGGAACAUGGCUUCGUUAUUGGGGAAGUCGAGACGCCAUCUGACGAGAGGGAUAUCUCGACUGAUAAAUCGCGAAUUCUUUCCGAGCUCAAUAGAGCAGAGCAGCGCAAGCAGGACAAGGCCCCCGAACGAGAUAGUGCCGAGAAGCCCCAUGUUAUUGUCGAUGACAGUAAGGCUGCAGAGCUCUCGAGAUCUAUCACAGAGGACGACUGGGAUGUACUCUCGAAUAAGUUUAGCAAAAAGGAGAGAAAGAAACGCGAGAAAGCAGCAAGAGCUCAAUCAUUGGAUGACACACCAAUCGACAAUAAGGCCCAAAACGAGCAAGGUCUAGAGGCGGAAUUUAUCGCUGAAGGGGAAGACAGCUCACCUAAGAAAAGGCCAAAGAAGUCGAAAAAGGCUGUCGUUGUCCAAGAGGAUUCGAGACAGCCUGACAUUGUAGAGAGCCCCAAGGUCGUAGCUCCGGUCGAUGGUUCUCGGGAUGUACAAAAUGUCAAUACCGUGCAGAUUGACACGUCAGAUCGUCUAGAUGAGAGCAACAGGAGAUCUAAGCGUGAUUUAGAGAUAUAUAACUCGCCUUCAAUACCCACACCGAAGCCCGAGACUUCAAAGAACGGGCCGAGGGGGCCUAUAGGAGCGGAUGUCUUUACUCCUGACGACGAAUCUGGCAGUUCAAGAAAGGAUAGCUGGAGGGCUAGGCGAAACUCGGGUGAAUCUUUUUCGAGGACGGUCCUGCCAUCGGAACUUUCAACGGCAAGCUCUUACGGAAUAAUCGAUACCGCGGAUAGUAUUAUCGAGACCGAAGAAGAGUGGGAUACACCGAAAAAGAGCAAAAAGAAGUCGAAGCGUAACAGUGAGGUACAUGAUUCACCACCUAGGUCUGUACCAAUCUUGGAGGCUGCUCUAGACCUUGCUCAGAAGGUAGACAAUACUUCUCUCCCUAAAAGCGAACAGGGUGCUCUAAGAAGGGGUAAAAAGAGUAAGCGUGGCUCUGUUGAUGAUGAAUUUGCGUUUCCGACUGUCCGUGGCCUCGAAGACUGGGAUUCGUUCAACGAGUCAACGAAUAAGUCUACGCAAGACUCUAGUGUUCACGACUCCUUGUCGCGCGUAGCGCUCCCUGUUGAAGAUCUUUACGAUAGCCCAAAGGAGAUGACCGAAUCCGCCAGCGAUGUACGUAGUGAAAAGACAGCCGCCACAGAAGAGGAGUUAGAUACACCGAGGAAAUCGAAGAAAUCUACGCGAAGUUCGAUUCCAUAUGAAGAUCGGCCCUCAACGCCCCAGUCCGUAGCUCCAUCUGAAGCCUCCGUGGGAAGUUCCAAGAGGUCGAAACGGGAUUCCUAUCUUGAUCCGUUGUCGACGCCAUCAAGGUCAGCUCCGGCCUCUGACGCGGGUACUGAUGAUUCCCGGAAGAAGAGUAAGAAGAAGAAAAGAAGAAGCGUUCCUGCUGAUUUGCCUGAAAACGAGAAUGAUCUUACUGAAGGAGGACCGACCGAUAAGGGAAAGGAUCGAUCUGAGAUCUUAGAUUAUGAUGCUGACUCUGUAGUUCCGAACCAAGCUCGUUACGACGAUAGCCAACCAACUGGUAACAAGACGAGGGAUGAUAAGGCGGACCAAGCUAAAGCCGUGACCUCCAUUCCGAGCAGUGCUAAUAAAAAGGAUCGCAAAGGCUCUAAAGCGGAGAUAGAUAAAAAGAGCAGCGGAAAUACAGGUUUCUUCGGCCGCUUAAAAUCUUCAAUUGGGAUAGUUGAAGAAAAGGAACCUCUACGCAAAUUGGAUGAGGGCAAGAAUGAUCCUUUUUUAGGUAAUGCCGGCAUCCUUGGCGCAGGUGUCGGCUCGACAGGCGAUGCUAUUAUGUCCCAAGAGCCCCAGCCAAAUGCCACCAAUGCUCCUUUAGAUGAGGAAUCCCGAACUGUUCCCUUCACUCCCCAGAGACAAUCAACUUUAUCACGAGAAGCAGAGCCUAUCGACCCCGAGAUUGUCCCGCGGGAAAUUCGACCUGCCAUAGAUCCUAAACAUGGUGACCUGUUACCCUUACCUCCAAGUCGCUCCGGGUCUCCUCUUUCUAAGCUUGGUGAUGACUUUCCACCUCUACCGGAUAGCCGUCCUGAGACACCUGAGCAUGAACGACAUUCGCGUGAGGCGCCUACUCAUACUCGUCGUCGCAGCACCCUCGAAACGCCGACGAGGCCAAAAACGCCUAGUCAAAGCGCGAUACCUAUCCAAUUUUUCCGUCCGGGGCAUAGGCAUACACCGAGCAAUGGAAGAUCUUCACCGUCGGUGUCACCAAUCACUGCCACUGUAGAAUUCGGAAGCGAGUCGAAGAAUCGCUCUCGUCCGGCAUCCUGGGAAGCCUCUCGGGACUUCAAACCCUUACUUCUUCUCCAGAGGGCGCUACGGGGAUCGAUCGACUUAUCAAACUCCCCCGAGAGAGAAUCCUCGCCUUCGGGGUCUGAACCUCGUGGGCGAGGCUCGCCUUCAUCAGCUCACCUAAUUCUGGAGUCUCCUGACCGAGACCACCCUUUCCGCGAUAAUAUCUUUUCCGGACCAUUGUCAUCGCCAGUUGGGAUAUCUGCAGAAAAACCAGAAAGCUCGCAUGCGGCUGAGAAGGCCUUUCAACUUCAUGAAGAUGCCUUCAGGCAACUACCUAACGAAGCUUCAUUCCACCGAAAUAGUAGAGCAGACGGUUCCCACUUGUCUCCUCUCCCUGAAGAGUCAGACUUGAAGCUUGCUGAGGAUGAUUCUCAUAGUCCUUUCAGCUCGCCAACUUUCUUAGUAGCCCCUAACAUUGGAGAUCGAGGUGAUUCCGUCCAAAGCCUUCUCAAAGAUAACUUGGAGGAUAGUGUUGUUUCAACAGAAGCAGCGAUGCCUAUCAUAGGAGAACCAGAAAUUACGAUCACAUCUGAUGACCGUAGCUUAAGCCAGGCCAACGAGGCUGUUGUUUCUGCAGAAACACCGUACGGAUUUCUCCCCGUUUCGGACUUAUUUCCUGGAAGUAAAACGCCAGAUUCGAUUGAUACCUUCGAUACUGCCCUGAGCAACGCGGGUGACCAUGGACCUCUAGAAUCUAGUGGUUCAUUAGACAAUGCUCAAGAUGACGAUGAAAUACAGGAGAGGGGGUGGAGCAAUAUCGAAGAAUUAAUGGCGGGUUCGACUAAUACAAAAGCUACUCUGCUCCAAGAUGAAAUUCUCAGUGGUAUUGCAUAUGAGCGAACUUCGCCUACUGGACAAGUGGAGUCUGUACCGGCUAUUGCCUCUACAAAAGAUGCACUAAAGGCCUCGGAAGAAGACGUAGACGAUAAUCAAUCGAUCGAAACACUGGCGCCCGAAUAUUCUAUUUCAGAAGUACAUGAGGAGCAACCUUCAAUUGAAGUGCAGGAGCCUGACUCUGAUGCCUCGACUAUUUCGCAGAGUACAAGUACUACGCCAAAGAAGGGCAAGAAAAAGAAGGAGAAUCGCAAGUCUCAAUCUACGGAGCGUGGUCUAGAAAGUCUGCCAAUUACUACGGAUACUCAAAACGUAGGGUUGGACGAGCUGCCCGUACAGCGAGCUAGUGAUGCUGUUCCAGCAUACAGCAACCCGAUCCCCACCGAGCAAUUGCCCUUGGUCAAAGAGAAACCGGCUGCUGUUGAAGAACUCACUUUCAGUCACGAAGAGCCAGCCAUACCUGAGUCUAAGGCACCUGAGGUUGAAGUAGACAGACCUACGAUUGAGCUACACGCAGAGCCAGAGCUAGCCUCAGCGUCAUCUCCUAUCCCAUUAGAUAUAGCCGCUAUUGAGAAGCCUACUGCCCCUGAAGCCGAGAUUACUAUCCACCCGGAAGUAUCUAAUAUUGAGUUGGGAGUUCCUUCAGUUAAACCGGAGCAUAGUGUCGUCGAGUUAGAGACUACUGCUACUGAACCAGAGAUAUCCUCUACUGAACCAAUAGCGACUCCUGAACCAGAACUUCCAAGCGGCGAAGCAAGUACGGUGGAAACUGAGCCGAACACUGGAGAAACUCGUAUCGAAGAGCCAGAGACUUCUACCGUUCAGAAAGAUAUCCCUGCUACUGAAGCUGUAUUAACUGUAGUGGAAUCAGAAGCGCCUAGCGUUGGACUAGAACCGAUCGCUAAGUUAGAGCCAACUGUUCUUCAGAGCAACCCGACUGCAGCUGGAAGCGAGACUCCUACUAUCCAGACAGAGCCUACCAUAAUUGGAGUAGAGUCAGCCUCUGAACAAGAACCAGCCCUGCCCAAUGCUGAGCUAGAGAAGCCGGAGCAACUUGAGACAACCCUAGAGCUUUCUCCUAGUGCCUUUGAGAAAGAUGAGAAAAAGGAAGAGGAUAUACAGCGGCCACUAUUAGAGAAUGAGCAAGCUGAACCUGCCACCUCUGUUGAAGAGCCAACUAAAGGAACCGAGGAGUUAACACAGGAGACCAGCGUAGAGAGUCCCCGUGUACUUCCUGUUGACCAACAAAUCUCUAGUCAAGAUCAACCAGAAGCUACUUCACCAGAACCGCGUGAUGGCCAAUUGGACUCGCCCGAGGAAAUUCCUACCAUAGAGACGUCUGAGAAGGAGGAGAACAAGACACAAGCAACAGUACCUGAGCUAGAGGACCAAGUUAUUGAUGAACAAAUUCUAGCCCAGGAAGAAGAGGGCCAGCCUCUUUCUAAAUCACCGUCUCUUCCAAUAGUGCAAGUCGAGGACCAGCAACCUGAUACUCCUGUGGAAGGCUUCGUAGAAGCACCAGCUAGCCCGAUACAAACUGAACAGCAACCAAAUCUAUUUCCCGAAAAUGAAUCAAUUAGCGAACAAGUGCUCCAAGAAGAACCUACAAGGCCCAGCGAAGCCAAUCGGGAUGACGAGAAGACGUCACGAGAAAUACUUUCUCCGAACCAGCCGGUGGAGCCGAUAUUGAGCAACCCCGCGGUUGAUAGCCACGACGAUCUUCAGUCUACGGUCCCUGUUCUUGGACAUGAUGAGCAGCCGCAAUCAGCAUCGAAAACAAUUUUAGAAGAGACCUAUUCGCCUGACGAUUCUAUAAAGCCUGAAGUUUCUAUUGUGGACGGAGAACAACACGAUGAGCAACCCACUUUGACUAAAACUGAUCUACAGCGCUCCGGCGAACAGGAAUCAAGCGGCUCGGCAUUAUUGAAGGACACUAACGUGGAUGGAUCACCGCUGCAACUCGAUAUACUUAGCAGUGAAGAUACUAAGGACCGGCAAGGACCUGCGUCAACCGAUCCAACCGAGGUUCCGCUUUCUAAGCCCGAUUGGAGCGAAAGCUCAGAAUACGAGCAAGACAAAUCAGCCGUACCAUUCCAAGCGGUGGAGGAAGCAUCGAGUUUAACCCCAGAAACCGAUGACGCCCAACCACCGAGUCUUUCUAACGAAGUGAUCAGUGAGGAGGCACGGGAAAUGACUCCAUCACUAGAUAAACCCGGUAGCGAGAAGGGGGAAAGCAAGGAAAUGAGUCAAGAUGCGUCAGAAGUAGUUGACACUUCUAUAUUAACUGGUCCCAAUCCGGAACCGGCGCCCCAACCAACACCCUUUGAAGCUGGUGUUAGCGAGCCUCAAGUCGUCAGCGAUGUUCCCGAAAAGCCGUCCCAAGACCGCAAGAAUGAAUUGGAUGCAUCACUCGCGGAGGAGCAGUCCUCUGUACCUCAAACAAUUGUAGAGGAUGUGCAGGAGCCUGUUAUAGAACAAGCUGAACCAAUUGCGGAUAUUGUGGAUACCACCGAUGCAAUCGAUGCAAUCGAUGCACAUGCAUUGAGUGGGGAACUAGAAUCUAAGGAAUCUAAGGAAUCUGAGGAAUCUAAGAAAUCUGUGGGGGAGCCCACGAUUGUGGAGACAGAUGUUGAUAGCAACCCACCCUCCCACUCUCUCGCUCCCGAAGUUGACGAAGUUGACGUGACAGCUGUCACUCAGGUGGAAAAUCAAGCUCCCGAGUCCGAGUCUACCCCUAGCAAGGAGGAGGAAGACGAAGAAAAGCGUGGUCCUAUCCAAGUCGAGACUGUCACUAACGAUAUUCCCCAGGAAACACCGGAAAUUCUGGAUGCGCGGGGUGAUGCGGACAAGGAAGUAACUUCACCUACUCAACUUACCAUUGACAGAAUUAGCGACGGCACCCAAGCAGUUCAAGCAGUUCAAGCGAAAGAAGAUACUGACGUAUCACCGAAGAUUAAGCAACUAGAGACGGACGAGAAACCUGAAAAUAUCUCUACUGGCACUGAGGAAACGCCAGCAUCCAUCAUCUUACCAGAGAUAUCAACCGAGCCAGUUGUCGUUUCCGAGGAUAUCGCACAAACCGGAGAGAGUCUUGGUUUAGAUCUAAAUCCACCUAGCAUCGAAGGAUCUGAGAAGGACGAAGAGAAGCCCCAAAGCCCCAAAUUCCCCGGACCACUCGAACAGGGACCUAUGGAGACUUCGGUGGAACUGGUCGGUGAGACCCCUGCGCCUGACACAACCUUCAACCCCGACUGGGCUUCUAUUAACGUACCGCCCCCACCGGAUUACUUACCGGAAUCCGAGGCCCAUUCUCAAGAGGCAUCGGGCAGUUUUGGUGAUGCGUCGAAGGUCCAACAAGAACCAUCUCAGGGUCAGCCAAUAGACCCAUUGGAUCAGCUUAUCCAGCAUAUUGAGGCUAAGACCCAAUCAAAUACCCUUGACGACAUACGAGACGGGCCAGACCUAAAAGAUUUCGACGUUGCUACAGAUACCCAAGGGCAAGCCCCCCAGGAAGAUGCAGAAAAUUCGAUAGAAGCCCAAAACAGUCUACUAGCGGAGGACGCAUCAAAGGAUGAGCAUGCCAGUGUUCAACAACCAUCAGGUGAAAUCGUACCAGCGGUGCAGGAAAGUGCAAAUGACAAUUUACCCAUUGAGGCGGACGCUGUCCAGGAGCCUUCUACCCAGGAUGAAUCCCAAGUCAUACCAAUCCUGCCGGCUCAAGAUAAUCUCCCCACUGAAGCCAGUCCUACAGCAGUCCUCGAGUCGCAGGAUAAGGUUGAACAGCCUUCAGAAAGUAUGACAAAUGACAGCGUUUUAGCAAUCUCUCAAGUCGGCGAGCCAACUCGAGCUAUGCCUACUAGUUCCGAAGAUGAUCUGUCGAAUCCUCUUACAGAGCAUACUACCCUCAGCGAUCCACAGGCUGAGUCUAACCUAUUAGCCGAGGAUAAGACUCAAAGCACUAUAGAAAUACUGCCAACGAUUGUGGAAGAGGCUGAGAGCGAAGAUCAAGACGCGCUCGAUUCUACAAUAGGAACAGUGGCGCCGAUGACCGAGCCAAGUACAGAGGCCCCUUCCUCAGACCUCAUCGAAAUGCCAUCGACUAUAUCGCAAAAUCAGACUAAUCUAGGUGAAGUCGCGUCAGAAACUCCGGUGAUAGCUGAACCAGUGGAGUCGGUGUCUCAGCCGCAUCAAGAUGACCCGCAGAGCCCUAUAAAUAAGGACAAGGGAAAGGAGAAGGAAAUUAGCCAAGUACAAGAACGAGAACCCGAGUCGCCCCCCUUACCAACAGAACCUCCGACCGAACAACCGCAAUCCCCUACUCUCGAGAGCAGUCAACCGCAAGAUGUGAUGCCUUUGGAUCCACCCUUGGUUCAAGAGAUUAAGACGGAGCCACACCUGACUGAGCAAGACCCGCCUGACCUAUCCGAUUUACCUACCCCCGGAACGAGCAAGACCGCGACCAGCACAUUGGAUAUCUCUCCUUCUCUAACGAAAGAGACUGAGCCACGAGCAUCGGAUGUUACGGGUACAACCGUCCAAUCUCAAGACUCUGAGCAGGAACCAGGAGUUCAUACAGACAAGGCAGGUGACGAUAUGUUGAUAAUCAGGCCUGAGAUCGCCCCAAGUGGAGAAGUUACAAAUGUCCAGGACCAGGAGAAAACUCGACAAACCAAUGAUCUAACUGAAAACGCUAUGCUAGAGGAAGAACCCGUGGCUGAGCCUGUACGCGACGACGAAAGCCUGGAAAACGUGGUCACGCCCAGGCCAAAGAAAAGCAAAAAAGGGAAAAAGCGAGGGACCCAGUCAAUCUUAGACGAUACGGCAUCUAUACCAAGCCAAGAAACUACCGAAUCCGCCCCAAGCAUGCCAGCAGCCGUCGACGAAGCAAUAAAUCCUACGAAGAGCACUAUACCUACAGUUAGCGAAGAGCUUUCUCUCCUGCCCUCGGACAGAGUAGACGAGCUUACCGAAGCCGCAAUUACGAUAGUCCAAGAAGAUGAUUCUAGAUCUCCCACAAAUAAUCAAUCUACCGUAGCCAAUGCUAAGGAAAUUGCAGAGCUGGAGCCUAAGAGCUCCGAGAGCGUCUCUAUAGAGGAUAAGGAAGGUGAAGAAAACAAGCAACUAACCCUUCUAGAUGAAAACCUAUCCGAGCAAAUUCCAGAGCAGACAGCUAAGGAAAGUCCAGUGGUGCUUUUCACAGACGAGCAAAGCGAAAUUCAAGUCCCAGCUCCUACAGAAGCCUCGAAGGAAGGAAAGUUAGACGAACCUGUCUCUCCCAAAAAGAAUAAGAAAGGAAAGAAGGCCAAGGGAGACAAUUCUCACGAUAGGAAUGCCUCUGCCUCCCAAGUCGAAUCGAGUCAAGUAUCUAUGGACGCAAUAGACAAUAACAAGCAGACGGAUAUUGGCAGAUCUACCUCCCAGCAAAGCCCCGAAGGUGCAGACAUUAUUGAUCUUGGCCCUACUGAAAAUAAAGAUAUGGAAGUCAAGGAUGUUGGUCGUUCAGAUGAUGUACAGUCACAAGAACAAAUUCAAGCAGAAUUUGAGUCUGCAGCUCAACCAGAUAUAAGUGAAAUUGCAGAGACUGAAAACUUAGCACUCGAGAGCUUAAAGGACGAAAAGGUUGAGGAGGCGGCUCCUACUAAGAAAGGCAAAAAGAACAAGAAAAAGAAGCGCGCAAGUUUACGGGAAGAUGAGGCAAUUUCACAACAACAGCCAGCUCAACUCACUAGCGAUCUAGCAGCUAGUACGUCCGCGAUCGAGCAGGUCAAUACAGAAAAGCUCUCUGUUCCAGAAAAUUCAGCAGAUCGUGACGCUGCAGAUCUAACACCUGGCCAAAAAGACGAUGGGGAGAAGGAUCCAAGCACCCAGGAGCCCGAACCUGAGGCCGAGAUGCUAGCCGAACCGGAGCCGGAUUCCAUCCCCCAACAGCUAGAGUCGCCUAUGGAAGUCAGAUCUACUAAUAUACUUCCCGAUGUACCUCCCGUGAGCAUUGAAGAUACGGUUUCCAUUGAAGAGAAUCACUCAACUGGCCUGCCCGAAACACCGGUCGAGUCCACCAGUAUCGAGGAGGCUCCGAUUGUAAGCACACGGGAUAAUAGACCUUCCGCCGAGGAGAAUAUUCCUACAGUGGUACCGCCCCAGAUUGUCGAGGAGCAGAUUGAAAGGGGCACGUUACCAGAGUCUGACAUUCCUCUAUCAGACCAAACCCCUCCUGAAAAUAUUGCCACUGUUCCUACGUCCGAGGAGCCCAGCGCCGAAGAUACCUCUCAGUUGGAGGUGAUCCAGUCAGAGACCGUUAGCCAGAUGCCGGAAGAGCAGACCAAUGUUGUUUACUCAACUCCUCCGCGAGAGGAGCCGGUGUUCCAGGGACUAGUCCAGUCAGACGAAAAGCACGAGGAAACCGUAGAUCCUAUCGCUUCCGAAACUCCGGCUGAAGUAGUACAGCUUGAUAAGUUCCCCAGGUCAGAAGAAGAUUUGCAACCAGCAGAAUCUACCCAACUAGAGGCCGUAGUAUCAGAAGAGCCUGUGCCUACCCAGGAUCCGCCAAAACAGGAGCCUGCGCAAUUAGAGGAGCCAAUAGCUACGGAGGAACCGUUGAAUCAGGAAGAACUACCCAAGCUAGAAGAGCUCGCUCAACCAGGCGAAUCUGAGCAAUUAGUCUCUGUGCCACAAGAUCUUUUGGAGGUAGAAGCACCUGCACAGCAAGAUUCGAUACAGCCAGAAGAGUCUGCACAACGUUCGGAGCCGGGGUUGCUAGCUCAAGCAGAAGAACCUACACAGCUAGAAAGUUCUGUAAACCCUGUCCAGGAGCUCCCCGUCACCUUGGAUGAAACUGAGUCCACGCUGACAAAGAAGUCUAAGAAAAGCAAGAAAAAGAGAGUUAAUCAAACCGAACCAGAACUCGCAUCAGAAAGCACGAAGCUAGUUGAGACUCAAACUCAAAAGGAGUUACCGAAGCAGUCUAGAGACCAACAUGUGGACCAACGUGCUGAGCAUCGGGCGAGCUGGGGUUUCUUUGGGGGGCUUACCGACUCAUUCAAGAGUCUCCUGAGUAUACAAGAACCUAUGACGACCUCGAAAGACAACGAAAAUACAGAGGACCUCCCCGAAGUGCCUACGAAAUCGGAGUCUAAGCCAGAGGAGAAGGAAGCCAGUCAGCCUGAAACGGAACCUACGCUAAAAACCGUGCCCUCAUCAGAACCAAUAGAACAAUCCGAGCACCUUGAUAGUCAGCUAAUCGUUGAUGAUACGUCCACAAUCGCCACAGAUGCUGUGCCCGAAGACGUCUUACCUGAGGUGGCUACAAGUAAAAAAUCCAAGAAGAAGAAGAAAGCAAGCCAAGUUAGCCAGGAGCCCGAUUCUAGCGCUACGGUACCUCUAGAAUCCCAAGCACAACCAAAUUUGCCCGAGGAGUCUCCCAUACAAGAGAGCCAGGAACAACUUGAUACUCCGCCUAAGGUAGAACAUGCAACAGCCCCGAGGGAGGAAGAGAAGUCCAGAGAAAACCCCUCUCAAUCUUCUGGUAGCAAAAUGUCCAAGAAGGAAAGGCGAAAGAUGAAAAAAUUAGCUGCUCUAGCCGCCGAGCUGUUUCAGCCCGAACCUGACUUGAAGACCAAGGAUGAGCCAGUAGUGCCUAAAACAGUACCAGGCCCCUCAGAACCACCCCCGGAGCUAGUAAACUCAAACUCGGAAGUGCAAAAUGCCCCUAUUACGAACGCCACAUCGACGAGCUUUCGGGAAGAGGGCUUACAGUCGCCAACAGUAGAGGCUGAAUCCUCGACUCAACCUAUACAAGGGCACGUCGGAGAUCUUGCCGAAAAAAUUGGUGAAGAAAUAGGUGCGCCUACGGACCAAGAUACCUUAGCUCCCAGCUCCGAGCCGGCUCUUAUAACCUCUGAAGUGGAAAAUACAGCCAAGGAUACACAUUUGGAUGGAACUCUCAAUGCUAUAGGCGAGGCCGCACAUGACGUACAAGAAUCAAAGGAAGCUUUGCCCGACAUUCCUGUCGAAGAUCUUGAAAAGGAAAAAGAGGCUCUGAUACUCAAUACUCCUGAACCAAGCACUGGAAUCCCAAAUUCCGACCUGCAGUCGCAAAGUUUGCCAGAUGUCGAAAAGCAAGAUGAUACGACAGCCAGCACGGAACAUUUAAUAAGCGAAGAGCAGUUGCCUAUGGAGUCGAAUGAUAUUCCGGAGCCUAUCAAGACACCUAAGAUAAGCGCCACCGAGCAGCAAGAAUUGCCUAUCAAUGAACAACUCGAUACUGACCCUUCUGCGCCGAAAGAACCGGAACCUCAGCCUUCCCCUGUUAGCCGCAAGAAGUCAAAAAAGGACAAGAAAAAGAAAAGAAUGAAUGCCCAAGCCGGAUUAGAAACAGGCUCGGGAACUCAGACGCCUGUAAGCCAAGAACCGAAUACAGGUCAUAAUUCGAGCGACAUCGUCACAGGGGAGCCCACAGCUCAGGGACUGGAAAGGACAAUGGUAAAUGAGGGUGAGUGGCUAGAAUCCCCAAAUAAUCCCCCACAAGAUGAGACACGCCGCAAAGCGUCGGGCACUUCUACUCCUCUAGAGUCCAUAGAAGAUGCACUGGGAAACGCUUCUCCGGAUACAGUAGCAAAAGAGAACGCCCCGAGAAGACUGACUCCAGAAAAUAUCUCAGAAGUCGAAGGGCAAGGUUCUAAAGCAAAGGACGUCGAAGAAGGAAUUCCCCCCAAGCCGAAAGACCAAGAUCAAAAUGCUGAAAACAUCAAUAUCAGUCACCCUGACGAGAACAGCGUAGAAGUUCCGGGAAUCACUCAACCGCCGUCGCCCGUAUCGGAGCGCCAUCCUAACAAAGGGCCUCUUAGCGAAACCAGACAAGACAUUUUAGACCACGUCGAGUUACCGGGGCCUGUCACCCCUCCUCGGACUCCGUCAACGGUUGCCGCACACACGGUCAAUGUUGACCUUUCGCCGGCCCAGCUAAGUAGUCAUAUAGAACACGAGCGUCCAUUCGAUCAGUCACCGCAGCCAGGCAAGAGGAUUAGAACUUAUUUGUCCAGCGGCGACCCUACGAUAUCUAAACUCCUUCCGACUCAACUCAAAUUUCCUCGAAAUACCGAGAGCUCAAGCUACGAUGCCCGCGGGCUGUUACCACCUGCAGGGUCAUACAUCGCAAAAACCAGUGAUAACAAUGUCGUUUCGCAUGACAUCACUCCUACCCGAGAGAUUGCAGUCUCGUAUCUUGAAUCUCAGUUAAUUACAAAGGCGGAAAACUCUCAUAACGUCGAAGAGAAUAGUGGUGUCAAGCAAAUUAGCACUUCUGGUUUACUCCCGGUGCUCACACCACAACGAGAGAUUGCCGCUUCAUAUUUUGAAGGGCCGCCCUCAAGUGAGAUUCAUCCUCAUGACGACACUCCAGACGACACAACUGGAGAAUUUGUAGUCAAUGCACCACUGGUAGCAAUGGACGAGGAUAUUUAUACCUCACCUGCAGAGUCGCAGUUAAGUCAAUUGGAUCCCGGGCAUGUAGAAGAAGAAAAACCUCUUUCAGCUCAGCCUGAGGCUCGGCAGCCAAGCCCCAUUCAAGAUACGACCACACCAGCACGUAAGAUUGCAGCUAUCCUUAUGGAAUCUCACUUUCAUUCGUCUAAAAAGGCGAAGAUGCAUAAGGAUGCAGACUCUGCAGUUCCGGAAAUUAUGCCUGCAGCGCCCUCGACUAGAGAGGCUACACAUUUAACUGAGAAGUAUGCCAACAUGAAAACGCCAGAUACACAAGACAUACUUGAUAACCGUGUAGUUUCAGAAAUUUCUGAGCCCAAGGUACCAGAGGAUAAGGAUCCAGAGGUUAAUGCAAGCAAUCAGGAGACUGGGCCGAGCACAGGGGCAGAUGAACAAAAAGAGGCACCGUCUUCUGAUCUUAAGGAGAUAGAGCCAUCAGGAAAUAUCCCAACACAUGGGAGCGUUUUCGAGGAAAUCGAGAGCCCAGUAGUAGGAAGAGAAGUACAACAGAACUUACCGGAACCUCGCAGUGCUAGUCGUGAAGGCCCAACAUCGAGAGAGCCACCUACUACUGAAAUCAUAAAAAAGCUAGACGAUCUAGAUACAUCGGAGCACACCAGUGAAUCUUCAGAACCAACAGCGGAGCGCAAAAUCGACGAGGCAUUACUCAAGUCACCAAGUUCAAGGCCUUUAAUUCAGGACCACGGAAAUUCCGGUCGCAAUUCACCCCGUGUCCUUCCUCCAGUAAGGGAAGAGACGGGUGAAGAACUACAAAAUGAAGGACGGAAUCGGGAUCACGGGAUCACAAACAAGACAUCAAUUAUUACAGAGGUGAAUAGGGACAAUAGGGACAGUGGAUUUGUAACAGAUUCACCAAAUCCGAUGCGGCGUAGUUCCGUGGACGAAUUAAGCCUACGCGACAGCGGUGUGAAUUUGCGCGAUUGGCCAGAAAAGACGCCCCAAAAGAAUGCAGCAUUAGAAGACGAAAGCAGUGUAAUUCGCACUCCCCAACCGAAUGAAAGAAGAAGCAAAAAGCUAGGGUUGGGAAGCGAGACGCCAAAUUUAAGCACACCGAUUGCUCGCAGUCAAGAUGGGCAAAGAAGUGUAUCAGAAAGUAUAAGUCGAGGAUCAACAGAUUCAACACCGCGGAUGGAAAACCAACCAAGGCGGUCUGCAUCCAAUACGAGCAUUUCACGGUUAAAGACACCUGAACCACAACAGUUUCGGCCUGAAAGUCCAGGCGGUCGUAAUUUUCGAUCAGGCUCCAACACCCCACCCCUUGCGCUCCGACGCACGGGUAAACGAAUGAGCGGUGACCUGAGAUCCUUGAGAUCCUUGAGCUCCAACCUCUCCAAUAAUAACAAUGCCUCGAGAGAAAAUCUCCACCAGACCCAACAACUUCAGCAAACUCAGCAAACCACGAUACCUGUGGCUAAUGAGGGCCGUGUCCGAGCCAAGGACAUGACGGACGUAUAUGUAAGUACAUGAUAGCAACCGUGCUCCUCUUACCCUGUUACAUUACCAUUAGGUAUUAUCCAUCGUAUCCAUCGUAUCCAUUAUCCGUC